AAUCACACACUUGAAAAAUAAUUUGCAAAUAUAUUUUUAUGAAGGGUUUAUCAUCUUAUUUUAUCAAGCUACUGCAGUGGUAUAUAAUAUAUUGUCCUUUGACAGUUCCAGGGUAUAAUUUUUCUAAUUUUAAAAGCUCUUAAGUGAUGCAAUUUCUUGCCCACUUGUAGUCUUGCAACUACAACAUGUGAAGGGAGAUAGAUGAGGAUAGCUUAGAAAGCGCAUUAGUAUGCUUGCCAAAUUGUCUCCAUCUAUCUUCCUCUAUGUGUUAUAAGCGCAAAAUUUCUAUUAAGAUCUAUUUUUAGUGGAAACCACUAAAAAAACGACUUUCUUCCUCGCGUCAUCCGGUUUGAUUAGGUUUGACAAUGAUUGCGCUCAAGUUGACAAAGCGGUUAGCCUGCUCGCCGCGAGCGAAAAUUAUAUAAAUAAAUAAUUGGUUGUUAUUUAUAAAUCCAACUUAUCAUAUUCAAUCGCUCGGUAAGCAUGCGUAGCUGCUUUGCCGCUUGAACCCACCCAAUCACUUGGUAAGCAUGCCUAGCCGUCUAUUGUCAAACCUAAUCAGACCGGAUGGUGCGAAGAAGAGUGGUCUUUUUAGUUUGGUCUCCACUAAAGAUAGAUAUUAAUAGAAAUUUUCAGUGUACUUUUACUAUUUUCUUACCUACUAUAGCAAGAAACCAAUAUGAUGCGAAAGACGAAAGUUCUCAUGGUUUGUUUAGGGAAUAGUUGUCGCUCUCCUAUGGCGGAAGCGGUGUUUCAAGAUCAAAUCCGAAAAAUGGAUUUGAUAGAUUUCUGGGAGGUCGAAAGCGCCGCUAUUCUAGAUUAUCACGUAGGCAAUGAUCCUGAACCUAGAGCGACAGCCACACUUCAGAAAGCUGGAAUUACGGAUUACUCUCAUAUUGCAAGAAAAAUCACUUCCGAUGAUUUUUACAAAUUCGACUGGAUAUUCGGAAUGGACGAAUAUAUUAUCGACGUAUUGUAUAAAAUGCAACCGGAAAAUAGCCAAGCAAAGAUAGAACUACUUGGGAAAUACGAUCCAUCUGGAAUAAUUAUCAUAAGAGAUCCUCUCUUUGAUGUUGGUAAUGCCGGAUUUGAGAGAGCAUUUCAGCAAGCUUUCAGAAGCGUACACGCAUUCUUGGAAAUUCACAAAGAUAAUAUGCUCGACAAAUCAUAAUAAAGAUGUUAAAAAUUUUUAUUUUAGAAAUACUAAAAAUGAGAAAAGAAAUUAGAAAUUAAGUUUUACCUAAUUAUUCAGCUUAUAUAGGGUGUUCUACAAUUCAUCCGACAGAACUUGUGGACAGAUAGAGCGGACUAAACUGAG